ACCGUCUGCAAGCCAGACCUCGACCAAAGGAAAAACAGCCAGUUAUUCCUCCUGGGGCGUUAUUUUCUAGUUUAAUUUGGUCCCACUUGCCAGAUCAACAAGCACCCCUUACUCGGAGGGUAAGCUCCUAAGGAAGAGGGUUUUUCUGAGAACUAGUACUGCCAUGGCCAACUUUGAAACUGAAGAUACAGAAGAGACUGUGACCUGUCUCCAUAUCACAGUCUAUCAUCCAAGUCAAAUGGAAAAGAAUGUAUUCCAAACCUUCCACUUUUGCCAGCCACAUCACGUGAAAGUAGAUGACCUAGUGAAGUUUGGAAGAGAUGAUCAGGUCUGCCGCUUUAACUUUGUAGAUGGACGGGUCUCACGUAUUCAGUUUGCUCUGCAGUGUUUCAGACACUUCAACAGCUCAAAGUUGGGUUUCGAGAUUAAGAAUUUGAGCAAGAAGACAAAGCUGAUUGUGGAUCACGCCGAACUGGCCUACCUGAAUAAGGUUGAGUUGCAAGAGACAUGCAUGGUUUGCUUUGGAGAGUAUCAAAUGCUAUUGGAAAAAGAAGAAGGACAGUCAGAUAAGUAUUUUGACAUCCGCUUUGAAUUAGCAAAAACACCUAUGUUGCAGAAAAAAAACUUGUCUUGGCGGGAACCUAUACCUGAAUGUGGCUUUUCAUGUGCUGAAACUCCAGUCGAGAUAGAUGAGACGGAAGAAACGGGAAACUCCCUCCAUGAGAAAUGGACUUACUAGUUUCAAUGUUACAAAUUCAACGUUGUUGGUUUUUUGCCCUAUGUACUAUUGCAGUUGAAUGGUAUCCUUCACAUAUGUCCAAUAUAUGCCUACACUAUGAAUAGGUUAGCAUUGUUCUUUGUAAGCUGCCACUUUACAGGUAUUUUGGCAUCAUUGCUUAAAAUACUGGUGAGGAGCCACCAGUCUGAGCCUAAGUAUCUGGUCAGUGGCACUUACAAAAUACAAUGCCUUUGCAUGGUUUGACUUCAAACUGCAUGGGCAAAGGAAAACAGGUUACCUACUGUCAUUGUGAUUGACAGGGCAUCCUCUAUCAAAAUUGGCUCCUGGGGGUGGGGAAGGUAAUGAUCUGGCCCACCAUUGGGAUCCAGUUUUCCACCUCUGGCUUAAAACAGGUAAAUGAUAAUCUAUCAUACAGAGGACUUGGCAGUAACAAAGCAGGCUUUCAAUACUUUUCAGCUUGUACUUAAAGGUAGCAGUGGCUGACCUGUAGCCUUCCAGAUAUUGCAAGACUCUCAACAAUUCCAGCUGUCAGUUCCAGCCAGCAUGCCCAAUGAUCAUGGGAUAAUGGGAGUUUUAGUCCUAAAGCUGCCACAGCCACAGGUUAGCCACCUCUGCUCUAAGGACUACCUGAAGGCAAAAAGAAAAUUCUGACCUUGUAAUACCACUGUCAUCUUGGAUGGAUGGCUAACUGUCACCCAACAAUAUAAUGCAAAAGAGACUUUAGAGAACAUAAUAGGGUAUGCAGUAUCUAAAGGCCUCUUUUAUAUUUCAUAGCCUGACCUGUAUAUGCUUCCUGCUCUGUUCCUGAACAGCUGUUGAUUUGAAAUUGCUGCAAUUUGUGAAAGUAAAUAAACGCAUGCAUGCUAGCAUUAAUACUGUUGUGCCACUAUUUUGAUUCCAUUUGGACACCAUGCUGUGUUCUUUUGUGUAGCGGUUAGAUUGUGAGAUUAGGAUUGGGGCAGAGGAGGCAACUUCAAAUUUGCAUUUAACCAAGAGGAAUGCUGGGGUAGACCUUGUCUAAUCAGGUUUGGUUCCCCUUAUUAAUGAGGUCCACUUGGUGCCUUUGCUGACCUUGACUAAAAAAAUACAUAUUUUCCAAGCUUUUGAUGGAUGGUGAUUGCUAUUAGCAUGCUGCUAGAGCUUUAUACUGCUGUUAUGAGUGGAGCAGGGGGUUGUUUUGUGUAUUGCUUAUGAUCUGCACGUAUUUCUGUACGACUGCUUCUAAAAUAUUUUUUAAACUUAUGCUAACAAUAUGUUACAAGUCUUUUGGAGGCCUUCUGUGUAACAAGCAACUAAGAAGUUUACUAAAUAAACACAAUAUAAUCGCAA